AGCGAAAGUUGACUGAAAACACGAGGGAAACCUCCCAUGAACUCUCUUGGAAACGCACCCACUUUGCUUUUAUAUGUAGGUUUUAGAGCCCGAAGGCGCUGCAGCCAAGACCAAGACUCCCAGAGAUGAGAAGCAAAUAUCUAAUGGCAAAUUACUUGAGAAGAUCAUCAAAGGAUGUUGCAGGUGGACGAUCUAAGCCAAAUGAAGGAUGCAAAAGACACCCAAAGCACAGGCAAUCACCAGGGGUUUGUUCACUUUGUUUAACGGAGAAACUUUCUCAGUUAUCAGCCAAUUCCAGCUCACGUUGUACGACUGCGACUAAAGUUGCCUAUUCUUGUUCUUCUUCAUCUUCUUUAUCAUCUUAUUAUUCUUCAUCUUCAUCUUCUUCUUAUUCCUCUCCCAUGCAUUGUUACCGUUUUACUACAGAAGGAAAGGGUACUUCUUUUUCUCUGUUAUUGUUUAGUCGCAAGAAUAUACUCACUAAGAGCAGAUCAGUAGCUUUUGCUUCGAGAAUGAGAAGCAAAGAAGGUGAAGAUAAAAACAAGAAAUGUGGGUUCUUGUCAAAGUUGCUUCAUCCAAAAAACACUAUGAGGAAGGAGGAAGCUACGGGGUUAGAACACUCAAGGACUGUGAGAGAGAUUUUGAGUUCCACCAGGGUUCAUUAAUGGUGGUGUUUGUUGGAUUUUUAUUUGUUUCAUUAUUUUUCAUGCAUCAGUUUCCUUGAUAGAUUAGAGUUCAACUGGCUAGCUUUUUUGUUGAUCUUAAGCAAAUCCAGUCCGAGAAUCCCAUCAUGGUUGUUCCAGGCAUCAACACUUUCAAAUUUGUAAAAAUACAGAAGAAGAAAACAUUAAGCAGAAUUACAUGUUGAUAAACGUAUUGUGCAUACAUCUUUGUAUUUUGAUUGAUCAGUUCCUUGUUUCUGUCUGUACUUGCUGAUAAAAUAUAAGGUAUUGUACUUUCAGACACUGCUAUUGUACGAAAUUAUUUUAUUCUUUUGUUCCUUCCGGUGGAAUAUGAAGGAAAAGAUCGGAGAAUCAAAGCUUUGUUGUCAUGCGAUUGCAGCUUAUGAAGAAAAAAAAAGUUGUUUAAUUUUGUCUAGUGUAAAAAAUAAAGGACAGAAGUUCCGUAUAUUACAGCAAAAACAUUCUGGCACAAGCUGUGGGCUCAUGGCUCUGUCGUGCGCGAUCUCUCCAUCCAAGAAAUUUCUUCGGUUGCGUUGAGAAUUCAAAGAUUCAAGCUGAUUCAACUAUAUAUAGAUGUGGCCGUAUGUUUUAGGACCUACGGCUAAUAAUCAAAUAAAAAAGAGGAAAGAUUGAUUUGACAGCUGGUCAAAUACAACAGGUCUCAAGUUCUCAGCAACUUCCUCCUAUAUGAGCCAGUUCAACCUAUUUAAGCUGGCACAAAACUUUUGCAAGAAAGUAUGGACAGCUGGCAAGACAAACCCAGAUCAAAUUCUUGGCAAUUUCCGUAAAUUCUAUGUUCAAACUCGUUUAUGAUGACAUUUAAGUUAACAAUUUUGAUCAGGGGACCGCUUAAGUUCAAACAUUUUGACUCAGUCUUCUUCAGUUACAGGAAUUAAGAAUAUACUUUGCCUCCUGGUCUUUGGGCCUAAACAUACGCUAUACAUAAACAUCUUUACCUUAUUUCUUUGGCACAGAAGUGGACAGAUCUCAACUACCAAGAAAGGGACGGGUUUGGUUCCAUUUUAAUGAAACUUGAAAUUUCCGUUAACGACCGACUAAGAGAUCAGAACUCAUAAGUCAUAAGUCAAUGUUUCCAUAUGCUGAUUAAUUAAAAAUAAAUUAAUACAAUAAAGUUUUUAGAUUUUACAAAUAGAAUU